UGAGAAUAUUUGAAUUGUGCAGGACAAGAUAUCCUAAUAAUAAACAGUUUAUUAGUUGCUUUAUCAACUAAUGAUGGGAGACCCCCAAACGCAGAGGAUUUCAUUGAAUGAUGCUCAACAAGGCAAAGUGGCAGAUCGGAAAGUCUAUUUACUGGAAGACCUAACAGAUGAAAGUGAACAAAGAAUUAUUCUCUAUGGAGAAGCUGUUGUUGGAAAAACAUGGAUGGCCAGAGAGAUCAGUAAUCUUGCAAAAAAGAAAGGAAAUUUCCAUGCUGUAAUCUGGUUGUUUCCUAAUAAUAACAAGUAUGAGAAUGAUGCUCUUCUGAACAGUAUUGGACGUCAGUUAUCCUUGCUUCGUACUUCUGCAUCAUCUAAUGUUGAUGAUUUUGAAGAUUCAGAGCUGACCAUUGAUAGCCCUGAAAAACUUGAGGAAAAUAUAAGGGCAGAACUUGCAGAGAAGAAGUUACUUUUGGUCUUAGAUUAUGUGCAUAUUGAAGGAAAUGUAGAAAAUGAUGAAAGUGUUAAACAAGAUCAUAUUGAGAACCUUAUUGAUAAAGUGAAAUCCUUGUUAAAUCCUAAUGAGAAAAAAAUCAAGGUUUUGAUAACCAUGAGAUGCUCUAAUCCCUCUGAAUCUCUUAAGCUCCCUAACUCAGUAUCUUUUAAGGUGGAACCUAUGCACGAGCAAGAUGCCACAAAAUUACUGCUUAGACGAGCAGAAAUAAAAGACAUAGAUAAAAGAAUUGUUGGAAAGACUAGUUGUUUACCACCUGCAAUCAUCUUGAUGGCGAAGAUCUUGAGUUUCAUUCCACAGCCUGCUUCUGAAGAAGAGUUGUUAACGAUUUUGCCAACAGCACGUGAAAAAUCUGAUGUUGUAAGUUACUUCCUUACUGAACUUUUGCGCAAUGGGUACACUAACUCUUUGCCUGCUAGUGUGCUAAUUGAUUGCUGUUGGAAAGACAACCACUUUUUUCGUGAUCGUAAAAGUGUGCACUAUAAUGAGUUGAUAACUCAUUGGAUGCUUGAAGGAUAUCUUGGUCCGAUAGAUUUUAUGGAGAAGACAUAUGAGAGAGGACACGAUAUUCUGAUUGAACUCAUGGAUUGUCAAAUAUUGAAGAAAGUUGAGUCUGAUCAUGUUGCACUUGUAAAAGUACCGAUUGAUUUGGAUGAUAUCGUGCCAGGUUUGGGAAACAACCGGAUGGGUGGAUAUGGUGGAACUGCCAAUCUAGGGUUGGCUAGUGUAUUUAAAGUUGGUGAUUGGACAGGAUUUGGGAGAAUCUUCCAGAAAGAUGGUACUAUGAAAACAGUUAACAAGUCUGUUUUAUUGGUUGAUGGAAACUGUCUUGACAGGGCAGUUGGUGGUGAUCUAUUUCAAUCUGUGAAUAAUCCUGAAGUUCUUGUGCUCAUCAACCCAACAUAUAAAUCAUGGCCAUCCACCUUAACUGAGAUGCCCAAUCUUCGCAUACUUGCUAUGAGAGGAUGUGAUUUCUUGCAUGAAAUAAACUUGAAACUACAUUUGAAUUUUGGAUUACUUACUGCUCUCGAGAUAUCUGGUUCUACCUUAUUAACAAAUCUCGCGGAUGAUUUCUUUACAAAAAUGCCAAAACUUCGGAGUAUCAAUUUUUCCGGGAUGCAAAUAGAGAAAUUGCCUCAAACACUUUAUGAUCUUGAUAAGCUAAGCUGGCUCAUUCUUAGAAAUUGUUCUAAACUGAAGAAACUAGAGAGUUUGAAAAAGUUGAAGGAUCUCAUGGUGCUUGAUCUUUGCAGUGCUUCAUCAUUGGAGAAAUUAGCAGACAAGAAUUUCACUCAGAAUACAAAUAUUCAAACACUUAAUCUUUCUGGCACAAUGAUUAAAACAAUUCCACUGCUUAAUCCCCUUAAAGCUCUCACUCAUCUAUUGCUCAAGGACUGCUCGGUGUUGGGCAGAUUGUGUGGCAUUGGUUCAGCAUCAAGUCUACAAAUUAUCGACCUUUCAAUGUCUACUGGUUUUAAAGAAUUUCAUGACAAAACACUUGAAGGACUUAAAGCUCUCAAGGUACUUGAUCUUUCUGAAACUUCUGUUGUAAGUGUGCCUUCAAACAUGAGCAAUCUUCAAUAUGUUAAUUUGAAAGGUUGCAAGAACUUGGGUAAAAACUUGGAUAAGAACGUGAAUACCAUUUCCUUCCUUAAUAAUGUUAAAGACAUUAAAAUACUUGAUCUUUCGGGGACAAUAUUUACAAAUCUUCAGUCUAUCUCAAAUCUGAAUAAUGUUCGUCAGCUGUUACUGUCAAGUUGUUUGCUUCUACAAGAGCUUCCUGACCUAAGUCUGCUUACGGAGCUUGAGGUGUUAGAUCUUUCUGAUUGUACUGCUUUGACCAUGAUACCAGAAAAAUCCUUCCAGUCUAAGCCCAAGCUUCAGAAACUAGAUCUUUCUAAAACUAAGAUUAAGCAACUUCCAUCCAUUUCUAAUCUUAGCAAGCUUCUUUAUUUAUCCCUUGAUGGAUGUACAGCUCUAGAAAAGAUUGUUCUUAACUCCCUGGAAGAAAUGAACAGCAUACAGUAUCUCAAUCUUUCUGAAACAAAGCUCAAAUUGCCAUCAUCCAUGCUAAACACUACGGAUCUUCGCGAGCUGUACUUAAGGGGAUGCAAGGAUAUUGUUGAAGUGCCAAAUUUGGAGAAUUUUACAAAGCUUGAGAUUUUGGAUUUGUCUGGUAGUAGUAUCAGUCAGCUACCAUCCUUAAAGAAUCUUAGUAAACUUCGUCAGCUCCUACUUGGAGAUUGUUUUAGUUUGUCGAAGUUCCAAAUGGAGAUAAAUCAUCUGUUUGGAGCGGGUAUAGCAGAUCUACCAUAUGAUAUCUCUACACUAACUCAACUUGAGCAACUUGUGUUGCCCAGCAAGAAUAAUACUGAAAGUGCUUCUAGCAGUCAGGCUGAGUUGUUGAAUCCAUGUGAUUGGAUCAUCUCUGCACUGCGAGUAGAAAUAAGGGGAGGAGGAUAUGAACUUCUUCCAUCUAUUAGUGGCUUUCGAUUUGCACAGCUUUUGGAGACAGAUCCCUCACUGUGGAAAAAUAUGUAUUUUGUUGCUAUUCCCCUCAAAAGUUCAUAUGGAAGUAAUGUUCUGUCCUUCAAACAAGAUAACUAUGCAUUUAAAGAUAUUUAUUUCAAGACCCGACACUUUAAUGUUGAUUCCUCUGAUGUGAAAUCACUGGAGAUUCGUGGAUUCAAAUGUUUUCCUGCCGAGAUGGAACCAGUCAUGCAAUUUGCUGAGUUUGUAUUUUUAAUCGACAGUACAUUUCAACCUAAGCUCUCAUAUUUUAAAAAUACAAAAGGUUGUUGGAUUGAGAGAUGCGAAAACAUAUGCCAGGUAUUUGAUUUGGAUGGGAAAAACCAGAUUACUGACCUCAAGAGGGGAUUGGAGGUUUUGUGGGUGUCUAAUACAUCUGAUUUGAAAUACAUUUGUAAUCUAUCUGUGCUGCCCAAGUUCAUUGAAAACCUUACACAUCUUCACCUCGAAUCUUGCCCAAAUUUGUCCUCAGUUUUCUCUACAUGUCAACCUCCAGUAAAUCUGAAAGUGCUUCAGAUUAAAUUUUGUGAUGCCCUGGAAACUAUAUUGGGACAACAGUCUGAAGAACCUGUGUUCCUUCUUCUUGAGAUUUUGCAUUUGUGGGAGCUACCGAAGUUAGAGAGAAUAGGUGGAAAAUUGCCAUCUCUAAAACAUAAGAUAAUUGAAAUGUGUCCGAAACUGCCUCGGGAAUUAGAAUCCAGUGAUCAAUGAUCAACCAAUCAACUUUACAGAACUUCUGAAUGAUGUUAUAACCUGAAGACUGUGUUUGAUGUUGGAUGUCAAGUACUUCUUUCCAGGGUGAAAGGUCCAUUUUGAUGAUUUUCCAAAGCUGAAAAUUGAGAGUUUAGAUCAAAAAUUGUCGUCAACUGCCCGAAUUGCAAAAAAAAUCACAAAAUAUACUAGGUGUGACUCCCAACAGCAUGAGCUGAAAACCAGGUUCAGCAGAUGAUAAUCCAAGCUCAGACAACAGGUUUUUAUCCAUGCAAGUUCCAUCAUUACAAUCCUGGUCGAGGUAGUCGCAGGUACCACGGUUCUGUGAACACUAACUUGUAUGCUCCUUUGUGUUUAAUUUUACGUCUCCUGCUUUUUGUUUACUCCGUUGUUUUUUUUGCUGUAUUUUUGCAUAUGUCAUUGGCUUAAAAGACCUUUUUAUAAAAUAACCCUUUGGCCAAAAACAAAAACAAAAAUUAGCUUAUGCACUUGAACUAGAUGGUGUACCUGUUGUUUUUGCUUCUGCAAGUGACAAUUACCUCCCAAAUAGAUCCAAUUCUUUCGCCAUGUUUGUAAACUAGAGACUCUUCAUGAUUGAAUAUAACAACCCUUUUCCAUUAGUCAUAACAUAUACAAUAUCUUGUCGCUAUUAAGUCCUUUGUAUCAAAUAUUGCAUCAUCUUGUGAUCAUAAAUAAUUGUUUACUUCCAUAGGAGUUGGAACUAGUUUGAAGCCAAAUAAUCUAUAGUUUCUUGUAGCAUGUGAAGUGUGUACAAAUUGUUUAUAAAAGGUGAGAGUUUAGUAAGAUCCUUGGAUUCAGAUGAUUUCAUUGAUGAUUCAACACUAUAUGAGUGAGCUAGUUCCAUGUAAGCUUCAUAUGGGAUUGAACAAGUAAUUCAGGUAAUUUGAUUAGUUAAUAUU